AUGACAGACAAGCGUCGCGGUCGCCUGGGCUUGGCAUACUUUUUAAGAGGACGAGCCUGCACUUUUAGUGCCUCCCUCGGCACGAGGCUGACGGUACAGGAUUGUGUCAUGCUUCCCCAUCCCCACCCCCACCCCUCACGCGAGUGGACCCUGUUCCCGCGACGCCUGUACCUCGCCAACGCCGCAAGGAGCGGGUCAGCGAGUCUGUUUGGUGUAGAAUGUGCCCAACCGCAUCGCCAUGCUUCAGCAGGAAUUCCAUGCGGGUUGAGCACCGGGUCCACCAGGUCGUGGCCAACGGUUGGGAGAAGCAAAUGUACGCUUUUCCGACAGUCAAAAAAGACUGUAUGGAAUGGGAAAGAUGUGAAGACGAAGCUGGUGUGCUCUCUAUUUUAG